AUGUCUGUCCAAACGUUGCUAUUAGAUUUUUCUAUGGAUCCUGCCCGCUUGGGAGACGAAAGUGGACAGAAAACUGUAUUCGGUCAAUUGGAAACUGUACUGCAGGAAUAUAUUCCGAAUCUUAUUUUAGCCGCUGAUAUUAAACUUGAAGGAGGUUCAUUGAAGUUGUUAACCGGCAAAAAAGGCACUUCAGUGUCUGUGAGACUGUUUGAUCGGGGCCUUGUCACAGUAAACAUUGAGUAUUAUAAGGAAGAGAAUGAAGAACCAUUAAUUACUUUCAAGUCGGCGAGGGUAUUGGAAAGCCAACUGAAAAAGUACAUCAGUGUCAUUAAGUCACAAGCUUACGCGCCGCUUAAACGAUGCCUGUUUGGAAGGUAUUAUCCAAGCUCAGACGAACGUCUUCUGGAAUACGACAUCGACAAAGUAUUAUUUGACGAGGAGUCGCAGUUUCAGAGGGUUCAAAUCGUCCAUUCUAAAACCCUUGGCAAUAUGUUGGUGCUAGAUGAUUUACAAAAUAUUUCUGAGGCUGAUCUCAUAUACACCGAAACUCUAAUGCAAAGAGGAAAGGAGAACUACGAGGGCAAAGAAAUUGUUAUUUUAGGUGGAGGCGAUGGUGCUCUUUUAUACGAAUUAUUGAAGGAGAAGCCCAAAUACGUGUGGAUGUUGGAGAUUGACGAGGUUGUGAUGACGGCGUGCAACAAGUACCUCAGAUCAAUAUGCGGGGACGUGCUCGAGAGGAGAAAGGGACUCAAUUAUGAAGUAAUCGUAGAAGACUGCAUGUUAACGAUAAACAAGUUCAUAAAGGACGGCAAGAAGGUUGACUACGUGUUCGGUGAUCUCACGGACAUUCCGAUCUCGGAGACGGCCAGCGGCGAACUGUGGGAGUUCAUGAUCACUAUUCUCAACUCAUCGUUCAAGAUCCUCAAGCCGGAUGGGAAGUUUAUGACCCAUGGCAACGGUGCUACUUCAACCGAAUCUCUAGAGCUCUACGAACAAGAGCUUGCAAAACUCAAGCCUGCAGUGAAGUACACCAAGAGUAGAGCCUUCGUGCCAUCCUUUCUUGAAGACUGGCUAUUCUACCACAUAUCUUUUGGUAAUGCCAACAACGGAGACGCUUAA